AUGGAGUCUAGAAAGAGGAAAAACUUCCAAAUCAAAGCAAAAGUACCAAAUGUGAAGAUCUUCAUAGAAUUCAGAGAUGGGUUGACUAAUAUCAGUCGAGAGGCAUUCACCAUUAAUCAUGAGAAGAUGCUAGACUUAUUAUUUGUUCCUGGGCAAAAGGAAGCCAUCACAACACUAGUCCAAUUUUAUGAUCCACCUCUCAGAUGUUUCCUUUUCCAAGGCUUUCAGUUAGCUCCAACCAUAGAAGAAUUUAGGAGGAUAUUGGACUCUCCUAAGGAAAAGAAGGGAAUUUAUAGAGGCAUGAGGAAAUAUCCAAAGCCGAAAGACCUUGUUGAAGUGUUGAACACCUUGAUUGCUGACUUAGCUCUUAACAUAAAGACCUAG